AUGGGUAAGCGCAAGGCACCUCACGUCUCGCUUGACGACAUCAUCAACCAGCCGUGGUGCUAUUAUUGCACCAAAGAGUGCACGGACCUCAAGACUCUACACGAGCACCAGAAGUCCAAGCACUUCGUCUGUCAGGUGGACUACUGCCCCCGCCGCCUUAACACGGCCGGCGGGCUAAGAGUCCACAUGCAACAAGUGCACAAGAAGGAACUCACCGCUGUUCCGAACGCCAUCCCAGGUCGCGAGGGCGUGACUCCCGAGAUCUUCGGCAUGGAAGGGGUUCCACAAAACCUGAUCGAUCAAAAGAAGGACUUGAUCGCACGCGAGUAUCAUCGCAAAGAGCAGCAACACCUCGCUCUCACCGGCAACCCACUGCCGGGCACUGCGCACCUGCAAAACCACGUGAGCAAGAAGCCGAAGACGGAGUCCAAGGAAGACAUCAAGCGCCGCGUCCAAGAAGCGAAGGAAAAGAAGGCCGCUGAGAAAGCUGCGGCCGAGGCUGCUGCCACCAGUGCUGCUGCUGCCAACGCAGUCAUCAACACUCCUACCCCGCCAGGCAUGCAGGCUUUCGCCGCUCCACCAGGCUUCCAGCCAUACGGUGUUGCCGGGUACCAGUCGCCGGGCUACUACCAAGCCUCUACAGGCUUCUCGUCCAGUCCGCCGCCAGCCAUUGGCUACCCACCGCCUGCCAUGCCAACGCCUCCUGGCCACUUCGCAUACCCGCGUCCCACCUACGGUGGUGCACCAAUGACUGGUGAGCCCCGUAGUGACAUCACUUUCGAACAUCUGCUAACAACCUCCAAAGCCGAGAAGCCAAUCACCAAGGAUCCGCGUAUCGAGGAGAUGAUUGACCAACAGCAGGCGCUCGUCAAAGAGGCCGCUGCCAAGCCCGCCACUGCCACCGCCACGGCCAUGCCGAAUGCCACGCCUGCCAUCGCUGCGAAUGCCACCGCCACCGCCAUGCCGAAUGCCACGCCUGCCAUCGCUGCGAAUGCCACCGCAGCAGUCAAUGCCAAAUCUAACACUCGGGCUCCAGCCAAGAAGUCGGAGAAGACGAACAAGGGCCAGCUUAUGACUGACAACACGGUAAGCUGGGAAGAGAAGCGUGCCUGCAAUCCACGAUACCGCCUCAAGCCAAAAGCCUCCACGGUGCAGACCCAAAUGGCGACUCAAGGAGCCUCCGGGACCGUCGACACAGCCGACCAGCUUUAUCACACUGGUUAA